AUGCCAGAACUGCCAGAAGUCGAGUUUAUGCGCAGGGUACUUGUAACCCUGAAAUCUCCAGACGACAAGAGGGAAUCCCACAGACUUCGGAUUGAACGCGUCAAAGACAAUCCUCCGAAAAACUUUUUGAGUGACGCUGAAAUCGAUGCCUUGAACGACAAUUGCACGGUGGUGGAUGUGACUCGCAAAGGCAAGCUGUUGUGCAUGGAGCUGGAAUGCUUUGAACCGAUAGAUGUCACGACCACAAAAGAUGAAGAAGAAACCACCACCAAAACAAAGCACGUGUACCUCUUUCUUCACAUGGCAAUGACGGGACGUAUCGCCAGUCCAAGCUCUAUUCCGAACCUUGAAGAGCUCAAGGAAACAACGGAAUACCCUCUGCCCAACACUUACUUGACAUUUAAUCUUGUAGACAAGACGUCGGGAGAUGUGUUGGCAGAGGCAUCAUUUUCGGAUCCAAGAAAAUUCGGUCAUGUUGUUUUGGAUGUCAACCAAGACAGAUUUGAAGAAUUGGCUCCUGAUGCCCUUCUUGAAAUGAAGGGAGAUGCGCUGGAGGAAAUCUUGAACAAGCUGACAGAACAAUCCAAGCCAAUAAAAGCACUUUUGCUUGAUCAAAAGCGUGCUGUUAGUGGUGUCGGCAACUGGAUUGCAGAUGAAGUGGCAUUUCAGUGUGAGCUUCAUCCAGAACAAAAAAAUCUCAGCAGAGAAGAGGCUCAGAAACUGGUGGACACGCUGUCCAGCAUACUGGAGACUGCGGUGGCUUGCUAUGGGGACAAAGAAGAGUUUCCAAGAGAUUGGAUGUUCAACUAUCGAUGGGAAAAGAAACGUGCCCAGGCCAAAGACUCCAAAGGGCGUCAGAUUACCUUUAUCAAAUCAGGUGGGAGAACAUCAGCCAUUGUGGCUUCGAUCCAAAAGGAGCAAGGUCGAUCAAGAAAGGCUGCAAAGAAAACCAAGGCUGACUCGACAACCAAAGACGACGAAGGGGCAACAUCCACGAAAAAGCGAAAGCCGGCAGCAGCCAAAAAGGAAGAGGUUCAAGACGAAGACAAGCAGAAGUCAUCAACGUCAAAGAAGAAGAGAGCCGCUAAGAAUGUUGUCAAGACGGAAGAAGCAAAGGACUCUGAGAAAGAACGAGUAAUAGAUACGAAGAAGCAGAAAACUGCCGACGAUGAGAAGGAAACCAAGAACACUGGGGCAGCCUCCAAAAGGAAGAAGGCAGAUUCGAACACAACCGACAAAGAGGCAGAGGCCGAAUCAAAGAAAGAUCCAAAGAAGAAGGCUGCCAGAAAGGAAAAAGAAGAGAAAGAGUCUGUCUCUAACGAAGAAAGACCGAGACGAUACCCAAGAAGAUCCACCCGAGCACGCGGCUAA